UCUCCUUGUCAGUCGAGCAGUAGUUCGGUAUGUUGCUGGGCUUGGCUGCCUGGCUGUGGUGGCCGCGGCGGGCAGCAGAGGGCGCUCCUCCGCUCAGCAGGCCGGAUGGUUCCCGUUCGGCUCCGUCCCUCCUCCACGUCUCUCCCUCGCUGUCUCUCUCCCAGUGUGAUGCUGCUGCCUCCUCCAGCCACAGCCGAGCAGCCGGAGCCCAGGCAGAGCUCACCGGGGCGGACACUGGCCCCUCCGCUCCCCCCGGCAGGACACGGCGCUGCACUCUCCGCUAUUAUGGAUCUAUUCGACUUUUUCCGAGACUGGGAGCUGGAGCCGCCGUGUCACUAUGAACAAGACCGAAAUGCCCUCAAGAGAAAAGAAUGGGAACGAAGAACUCAAGAAGUACAGCAGGAUGAAGACCUAUUUGCCUCUGGGUUCAAUCUGUUUGGGGAGCCAUACAAGACAAAUAAAGGAGACGCUCUUGCAAACCGACUCCAGAACACAUUAGGAAAUUAUGAUGAAAUGAAAGAUCUAUUAACCAAUCACUCCAACCAGAGUCAUCUUGUAGGAAUUCCCAAGAACUCUGUUCCUCAAACACCAGUUGAAAAGAACGAGCAGACCUUUUUCCCAGAACAAAGAAAUAGGGUGGCACAGUGCCACCAAAGUAGUAGCCAUCCCUCCUCCUCAAUGCCUCCACCUUCAGGACUGGUACCAAUUUCUACUCUGGGGCAUGAAGCAACUAGAAAAUCAAGAACAGACUGGCCUCUUAGUGGUCAUAAUCCUAGUUGUACUCAGUCCAGUCAAGCCAGCAGUCAACCAAGCCGGUCCAAACACAGUUCUUCACUUGAUCUGUCACAGAUAAGAUAUGAAGACCUAUACAGCUGCCAAAAUGACCAGCAUAAAAGUGUAAGUGUUGUUGAUGAGCCAGCUCCAGCAGCUUCCUCUUCUCAUUUAAGAAGACAUAAUCACUCAAAGACAUUAAGCGGAGAACACUCUUACAAAGAAAAUAGUCAUUCUAAGUCACCAGUUGAUUUAGAAUUUUCACUGCAUGGCUCUGUAUCUCCUCUCCCAUCUACAUCACUCUUACUGGCAGGCAAUGGCCUUUCCUCACAAAACUUUCCUCCAGGACUUCACAGUAAGACAAAUAUGGUUCAGCAAAAGCCUACUGCGUAUGUGAGGCCAAUGGAUGGUCAGGACCAAGUACCAAAUGACUCCCCUGAAUUAAAGCCACCAACAGAAAUUGAAGAUGGAUAUAACAGCCAACCAUUUGGAGCAAUAUUGGAUGGAAAGGUCAAUGUACCGGUCAGCAAGAACAAAUUGCCAAAACUUAGCAUACCACAAACAAGUGAAGUCAGUCUUCCAAAUGAUCCCAGUUGUGUUGAAGAAAUCUUACGGGAAAUGACUCAUUUGUGGCCCCCUCCACUGACUGGAAUCCAUACCCCAUGUAAAGCAGAGCAGUCCAAAUUUCCAAUUCCCAACAAGGACUCUCAACAUCUGACCUCAGGAUACAGCAUUCAAAAACGAUGUGAAGUCACAAACAAACCUGCUGUGAAAUCCAUCCCACAAAAGUCCAUGCUUGAAGAUGAUCUAAAGCUGAGCAGUGACGAGGAAGACAGCGAACAGGCCAGUGAAAAAACAAAGUUGAGAAGUAACCCAGUAAAUGGCCUUCCUUUGCCAACUGUUCAUGGUGCCAACCUAGUAAAUUCAAGUGGAGGUUCUGGAAGUUCCAGUGAAUCUGAAACCAGUUCAGAAUCAGAUUCGGAUAGUGAGAGCAGCUCCAGUGAUAGUGAAUGUAAUGAAGAAAACCGUAAUGUAACCCCAGAGCCCGAACCACCAUCUACAAACAAAUGGCAGCUGGAUAAGUGGUUAAAUAAAGUCAACCCACAUAAUAAAACAUUAAUUAACAACCAAAAUGAUGGACAUUCAGAAAUUAAUUCUGAGCCUCAGAAUAACCAACAGAUUGAAGAAGAAAGUAAAAGGGAACUUAAUAGUGUCAGUUCUCAGUCAGACUCCCUUCCCAAAGAUAAAGAGCUCUUGAGUCCAGUUAGAGAAAAAAACAAACCUAGGGUACCCCAAAAACCUCCAGAGUCAAAAACCUCAAAACAGAAGUCACCAGCUCAUAAUGAAACCACUCCACAAAGAGCUGUUGCUAAGAAACAACCAAAAAAGGUUGAAAGAACAUCAAGUGCCGAGGACUACUCUUGGAAUAAACCAAACCCCAUCAGCAGCACUCCCAAAGAAAAAGAUGUCCGAGAAAACCAAGAGCCACCAAAAGCAAGGACAAAAGCCACUGUUGCUAAAACUGCUCCAAGAAAGGAGCAAAGGACUUGCACAAGUAGUGCAUCAGAGAAAAAGAAGGCAAGAGGGGCAAGUAAAAUUGUCCCUAAAUCUAGGGAGUUUAUUGAAACUGAUUCAGCAUCAGAUUCAAACACUGACCAAGAGGAAGUCCUUCAGGUCAAGCAAUCAAAGACAUGCACUGGUCCCACAAAUCCGGUAAAGUCGAAAGACUGUAGCAGCAACAUCUUAAGUGUCAGCAGUUUAACCAGCAAUAGCAGCAGUAUAUCACUUGAUCAAACUCAUAAUGAUCUGGAAGAACCAUUUUCUCCUCUUCCUGUGGUUCAAAAUGAACUUCUAUCACCACUGAGGGAAUUUGAAGAGAUUAAGUCUUUAUGGGUAAAAAUAGACCUUACUCUGUUAUCCAGAAUACCACCAGGUCAAGAGACUUUUGAGACUGAAGUAUUAAAAAAUGAAACUAGAGACCAAGGUUUUAAACAUAAGCCUCAAACACCAGCCACAGCUACUGAGAAAAACUCCACAAAAUCGAGAAGGAAGCACAAGCAGUGUGAAAGCAGCGACCUGCAAAUCGACUGCAAAAAGCAACGCCUGGAUGAAGCCAUCACCCCCUGUCUUCUCCCUCCAUGUAUCUCUCCCAUUCCUGGUUGCAGGAUGUCUAGCACUAAGGAAACAAAAAAGACAACAAAAAAGAGGGAAGAAAAAUUGUUUCCUCCAUUGCUGUCACCUUUGGGGGAUGAGACGAUUCGAAGGCGACACUCCAGUGAUAACAGCUCUUUCAGUCAGGACAGCAGUCUAACGACAGUGCAUGUCCCAGUAUCUUCUACAAGACACAAAAAGAAUGGCAGCACAAUAACCAACACGAAAUCAAGCUGUGAAGAGGACAACAGUAGACCACCGAUCCUUGAGAACAUUCAUCAUCCAUCAGAGCCAGAUUUAUGGUCCUCAGUACCUGCUGUAACCAACGGAAAUGCUGAUUCUCGAAGAUCAAAGAUAACAUUCGAUGAAACAUUACAUAAUGCUGAUUAUUACAUGCAGGAAGCCAAAAGGUUGAAGCAUAAAGCAGAUGCAUUAAUAGAAAAGUUUGGCAAAGCUGUGAAUUAUGCUGACGCUGCCCUCUCUUUCAUCGAAUGCGGGAAUGCUAUGGAGCGAGAUCCAUUAGAAGCGAAAUCUCCAUACACCAUGUACUCCGAAACUGUGGAACUCAUCAGGUAUGCAAUGAGAUUGAAGAAUUUCACAGGCUCGGCUGCAAAUGAAGGGGAAAAAAAGCUAGCAGUUUUAUGCUAUCGUUGUCUAUCUCUGCUGUACUUGAGAAUGUUUAAAUUAAAGAAGGACCAUGCUAUGAAAUACUCCAGAUCACUCAUGGAAUAUUUUAAGAAUUCAUCGAAGUCUUCACAGGCUCCUUCUCCAUGGGGAGGCAAUGGAAAGAAUACUGAGACCCCUUCUCCCAUGUCACUGAGUCCGUCUCCAGCAAGUUCUGUUGGGAAUAGCUGUGCAGUUCCAGGUUCUUCUUCUACAGGCACAGUAUCCAUCCCCCAGAGAAUCCAUCAUAUGGCUGCCAGUCAUGUUAAUAUCACCAACAAUGUAUUGCGAAGUUAUGAACACUGGGACAUGGCAGACAAGCUUACAAAAGAAAAUAAGGAGUUCUUUCAAGACCUUAACACAGUGAUGGAGCCCUUAACUCAACACAGUAGCAUGACUGACCUGGUCCGCUAUGUUCGACAAGGACUUCACUGGCUACGCAUUGAAUCUCAAUUAUUGUAGUAUCUGCUUUACCCAUGAUAUUUUUUCUUACAUUCUACCUCUACCAGCAAAAAGACUUUGGCUGGUGGAAAUCCGUUCAUUACAUUGACUUCAACUUUUUAUAUAAUGUGUUGGAAGUGGAUUUUACCUUCAUCGGAAAUUCAGAUCACAUCGUAGCAUUAACCAAUUCAACCAUUAAUUUCCAAAUCUUUAAUAUGCCUUUUGUCUCUUGGAUCAAUUCCUACGUGCUUUAUGAAAUGGUACAUUUUUAAAGAUAUUAUUUUUAGUCUUCACUGCCUUUAUUUAAGAACAUGAUGCACUUUGUGAAGAUUUGGAACGAAAUGUCUUCAUUGCUCAAGUGUUUUAUAAAAACACUUUAAUUAGGAAGAAAUUGAGAAGUAUUACAGUAUGUUUAAUGGAGCUUUGCAUUUUUCUUUGGUAAGAAGUAGAGUGGAUAUUGUUUACUCUUGGUUCUUCUAUGAGGUUUACAAAAGAAUAUAUUGAAUAAUUUUGGAGACAAAUUUGUGAGGAAUCGCUUUUAAAGUCUUUGAUGAAGGAUUUAAUGUCAAUAUGAUCUUUUUUUUUUUAAUAAACUGCAUACUAGUGAACCCCAGCAAGCCAAACUUGGCUGAGAAAGCUUUACAUAUUGGUAUCUCAAAUGUGUUUCUUUGGUGUUUCCUAAGCUUGAAAGUUUUGCAUGAAACUUUUAUUUAAAAAGGGUUCUCCAAGAUUUACCAAUUAAUCACCUAUCUCUAAUAUAUGUCAUCAAUGUCAGAUUGGCAGAGGUCUGACACCCUGUACUGCCACCAAUCAGCUGUUUGGGGGUAGCGCCAGCACCAGAAAUAGUCACCGGGACAACAUAGCUCCAUCCAUUGUUUAGUGCAUGGAGCUGGUUACUGCAACACUGCUGCCAUUCAAGGGAAUGGGAGCAGUGCUGCUGUAGCGAGUUCCGUCCAAUACAAAAUGUAUGUAGCUCUGUAGCUCCAGCAUCAGAGCUACACCUAAACAGCUUAUAGAUGACGGUACAGGUUGUUGAAAUGCCCCAAUCUGAUUUUAAUGUUCUAACCUACGGAUCAGUCAACAGAUGUUAAAUCCUUGAUAGCCCCUUUAAGGAUGUUUAUAUGUUUAAAGAUAGGAAAAAUAACAGAGUGAGAAGUACCUGCCAAUACUAGUAAGGCUCAACAUUUUAACACCAUCCCUAAUUACCCUACCUUUGUCUCCAUUCUCUGUUUUUCUCAAAUCACCUAAAACAAAGAGAUCAGUCAGCAGGUGGACCCUUAAAGGCCGUUUUUGUUGAAUGGAAUACUACAUAGUGCAGAUUGCUUUACUUUUGACACAUUCUUCCUAAAUUAUGUUAAAAUCAAUGCUGAAAUAACCUACAAACAGAGAAUGGAGAUAUAUGGAGCAUGUGAGUGAUAACAUGGUAAUGUGAAAGUCGCUUAGUAUGUACAUGUUGAUCAAAUUAUUGCAACUUUUUCUUUUGCACAGGAAAUUGACUAGGUUCUAGUUGCAUCUUUUGAUAUUAAAGUGCUAUGUCAUUUGUAAGAAAGAAGGUAUGAUAACUGAAAUAUCUAGUGUUCUUUGCUUAUAUUGAGCAGGUACGCAUAGAUCUACAAUAUCUCUGCAAAACUUUUUAUGUGUUAUGUAUUUAUUUUUUCCAAAGUGAUUCAGUGUUGAAAUAUAAUGUUUUCAUCAUAUCUUAAAAGAAAAUAAUAUACUAAAGCAGUUAUUUCAGUAGAUGCCAAUUGUUAGAUGCUAGUUUGCUGCUGAUUAAGUAGUUGUCCUGUAAAUUAAUAGUACUUUAUUAUGUAUCUCUUAGAUAGUGCAGAGCAUAUUUUUUUAUUUAAAUAAUUUAAAAAAAUGCUUCUGUGUCUAGAUAUUGUUAUGGCAUUACUGGGUGUACUUUUGAUUCUCUGUCCCUCUCAGAACCUCCACCUAACAUGUUUAAUGCUUUUAAGAGAAGGCUGUUUCUUCUAUUGGUUGGCCUGUACAAUUGAAGAAAUUACUCCUGGUGGUAACACUUCCAGAAGUAGACUCAUUAAGUGGAUCUUUUGAAGGGGAAUCAAAAGAACACUAGGGGCAUCAUAAUAUUGUAUGUGAUAGAAAUAUCAAUUGAAAGAUUAUGUUUUGUGAUCUGAGAAAUGUGAUCUUUUGGGACAACCACUUAAAUCUAAAUUUGACUUGGAAGACUUUGAGAUACCUAAAACAUAUGUAGUGUUACACCUUGAAUUCUUAGUAAAUUAUUUAGGUCUUUUAUAUUGGCUACCUCCCAGUAGAAAGUGAGAAGUGAAGUCAUUCAUAUACAUUAUAAAAAUUAUUAUGUAUUCAUAAGUUACCUCAGAUUUAAACCAAAUGUGCUUCAUUGCACACAUCAUGUGCUGAUAAAUUUUAAUUUAAUUUCUUAAAAUGUACAUUUGUAGAUGAGUUGCUUAACAAUAAAGCACAACAAUACAAAUUGAUUAAAGGUUAGAUUUUAGGUUUAGAUUUUAAGUUAUUUUUUAUUUGUAUUUUCUUACUUUUGCAGCUACAUGAUCACAACAUGCACAAUCUCAUAUGCAUAUUUCGAUUCUUAAGCCAUGUCUAGGCAUUGAUUGUUGAGCUGUCACUUGAUAUGUAACUUUCAUGUUUUUAGCAAUGAGGAAGUAUAAAAAUCACUAAGGCUUAACUUUACAUUUGUUGCCUGGGGGCAUUGAAGCUCUUGAGGGUUUGCACUUAACACAGUUGUAAGCAAGUCUGGUUAUACCCUUGUCCCUGUUGGCAAAUCACCAUAACGGUUGGAUUUGUCCCAUACAUAUAUUCAAGCAUAUAUUUAAAGACAAAUCACUGGUAGAUUUCUAUUGGUGCCUGAAGGUAAAUCCUUAGCUAUGUUGGAUGUAUGUUAAAGACUACAGGUAACCAUAAUGCCCUGAUAAUUCUAGACAACAGUAUAGACUUAGGUCAGGUUUAGGCUAGUAUCACAUCUGCAGCUGGCUAUUCCAUUCUGCUGAUCCAGCAGAGAAUGCCGGGAAUCACCCAGACAAAAACUGCUGUGUGCAGUGGUUUUUGUCUAGCUGGUUCUUGCCAUUUUUUCUGGGUAGCAGGCAUCAUCUGACAGCAGGCUGCCGCAGAUGUGAAACUAGCCUUAGUGUCUCUAAGAAAUUCAUCUUUUACUUUACAUUUCUUAAUACAGGCAUAUAUAAUGUAUAAUUAGGAAAAUUGACAUGUAAAUAUAAAACUAGAAAAGCUACUAUUUUCUGGAGAAAUUAUGUGAAGUGUUUUUGCCUCCACCAGUAGUCUACAAAUGGAGUGGGUGAAAUAACUGGGUGGAGUGGCUUGAGUAACUGUUGUGUGGUUGGAGUGGCUGGAGUAACUGUGGAAAGGUUGGACU